GAUUCUUAGAAGGUUUUCAGCCUCACUGUUAUGUUAGAACUUUCACUCAAUCCUAACCCAAGAAGUUUUAGUUUUGUGUGAUAUGUGGGGGCUAAUAAAUAUUAUAACUUGAAGCAAUUCAAUAUUGUGUUUGUAUUUAUGUUCUUUGCUGCUAAGCCGCCUGCUGUUUUUAUGAUUGGAAACAAGUUCAAUGGUGGCGUUGUGAUGAAUGAUCUUUAUGAUCCUAUGAUCAUGUCAUUUGGUCUAAUUAGGUUAUUAAGGUGACUGGUAUGUUUUGCAUGUUACUCUUUUAACCCUAACCCUAACUUUAACGUGCAUUGGUUUUUCAUGACAUAUCCUAGAUUGAUUUGCCAAUCAUUCCUUCAAAGUUAGUAAAAUCUAGCAAGAUAUGAGUAGAUCUAUAAUGGUACGAGAUUGUACUUUUGCCAAACGGUGGAAAAAUUAAGUUAAUACUCAAGGGCGGUUUGAAAUUCCCCUUGAGCCUACAGUUCCAUUUAGUGAAUCAGCUCAUCUUGAAUAUAGGUAGUAUAUACAGGUACUUCCCAAGGCUGCCAUGGAUAUGCUUCUUAAGCAACUGAAUGUUGAACAACUUUUUGAUGCAGAGAGUGAUAUGGAGGAGAGGGGAAUGGAGAGUGGAGCAAACAUGAUGUCUUCUUGCUCAAGGCCAUUGCUGGACAGAAGGCUGAAGCCACAGGCAGAACAGGAUCUAAAAUGCCCUCGCUGUGACUCAACCAACACCAAGUUCUGCUACUACAACAACUAUAGCUUGACUCAGCCACGCCAUUUCUGCAAGACCUGCAGGCGCUACUGGACUAAAGGAGGCACUCUUAGGAGUGUUCCAGUGGGUGGAGGUUGCAGAAAGAACAGCAAGCGCAGUAACAGUGGGAGCAAUAACAAUAGCAAUAACAAUUCCAAGAGAAGUGGGGACCAACCCUGUUCAACCUCAACUGAUGGCACUGGAACUGCAACUGAUCUGUCUCCAUCCAUUGGAGGAGCAUCUUCCAAUAAUUAUGGAUAUUACAAUGAAGCAGAAGAGCUUGGCAUGAAUAAUUAUGGCAACUCUGCAUAUGUAGCUGACAUGGGUCAGUCCUCUCACAGCAAUCUAAUGGGUUUUCAGACCUGCCUUCCAACGAAUUUAACUAAUCUGCAGUCUCUGCAAUACAGCAGCAGCAGCUUCCUAGGAGAUGGUUUCAGCAGGCCACCUGCAAACAGAUUGGGUGCCAUGAAUGUGGGAGAUCUCACCUCAAUUAUUGAUACAAAACAUAUGACAGCCACAUCUUUCGAUGGAGAUGCUUGCAAUCCAUACAUGAAUCAUCAUAAUUUAUCUGUUGAUCACACAGGUGGGCAGUCCCACUCACGCCUUCUGUUGCAGCAGCAUCAGCAUCAGCAGCAGAAGAGCAUUUAUGAAGAACCACCACAAGCAUUAUAUGAAGCAGGCUAUUUGUGGCCUGAUCUGUCUGCAUAUGGCCUCCCCAAUGUCAACAAUUCAAUGUAAGACACUUUUGAUUAUACCCAUACGGUUUGAAACAUUACAAUCUGCAGAUGAAGGAUUCCACCAAUCUGAGAGUUGAAGAUCAUUUAAGUUUAUAUGGAGAGAAGAGCACUCUUGAGGCAGGUUAUGUUAUGUAAUCUUUGCCAUCUAGUUUGUACUUGACUUUGUUUCUUAUCUCCUCUCCUUAGACUAUCUGAUCUUGGCAUGUCAGGCUGGUGUUUUCAUAUAUAUUUAUACAUAUAUAAGAUAUAUAUGAAUACCUACCUCAACAAUGCAAUUGAAACUCAAAAUUCAAUUGCCAGUACAUGAAAUAGAAUAGCUGCAGGCAAACAGACAGGUUAGUUUGUUGAUCAUGCCAACUUUCCUUCAUCUUCAUUUUCAUGUUCAUGUAGUAUAAGAGUGACAUUAUCUAGGUUUUGCUAUCAACUCUCUUAAAGUCUCUAUCAUUCAUACUUCUUCCCAUGUACUUGGAUGUAAUAUCAAACUUCCACUUGUUUGCAAGAUUAAUAGUCUCAUACUUGAGUUUGUGUUUCUA